UUGAAAUAAUGGGUACCCUCAACAUCAACCAUGAACUUGAUGACCAAAUUUUCAAUACCAUAAACCCUUUAGACCCUGAAGAAUUUAGAAGGCAAGGUCAUAAAAUUGUGAAUUUCCUAGCUGAUUACUAUCAAAAUAUUGAACAAUAUCCUGUUUGUAGUCAAGUAAAUCCAGGGUAUCUCCAAAAAAUUGUACCAAAUUCCGCACCUAAUAACCCUGAGUCACUCGAUAAAAUUCUUAAGGAUGUUGAAAGGGCUAUUAUUCCAGGGCUAACACAUUGGCAAAGUCCUAAUUUUUUCGCGUAUUUUCCAUCUUCAGGAAGUACUGCUGGAUUCCUAGGUGAAAUGUUAAGUGUUGGAUUUAAUGUGGUAGGGUUUAAUUGGAUAUCAUCCCCUGCUGCUACUGAACUUGAGAGUAUUGUGAUGGAUUGGUUUGGGAAAAUGUUAAAUCUUCCCAAUUGUUUUUUGUUCGCGAGUGGUGGUGGAGGUGUACUACAAGGUACAACUUGUGAAGCCAUGUUGUGUACUAUAGUCGCGGCUAGAGAUCAAAUGUUGCGAAAAAUAAGUAGAGAGAAUUUUGGCAAAUUGGUGGUAUAUGCAUCUGAUCAAACACAUUUUUCACUUAAGAAGGCUGCCCACAUUGCUGGGAUAGACCCUGGAAAUUUCCGAGUUAUCCCAACAAUAAAGGCUAGUGAGUACACCUUGUGUCCAAAAUCGCUACGUUUAGCAAUUUUGAAUGACCUUAAAGAAGGAAAUGUUCCUUUAUUCUUGUGCGCGACAAUUGGGACAACUUCAACAACUUCUGUUGAUCCAUUGCGUUUACUCUGUGAAAUUGCUAAGGAAUUUGGGAUUUGGGUACAUAUUGAUGCAGCUUAUGCAGGAAGUGCUUGUAUUUGCCCUGAAUUUCAGGUCUUUCUUGAUGGUGUUGAAAAUGCAAAUUCUUUUAGUCUCAACGCGCACAAAUGGUUCUUUUCCACUUUGGAUUGUUGUUGCCUUUGGGUUAAGGAUCCAAGUGCACUUACAAACGCGUUAUCAACUAAUCCUGAAUGUUUGAGAAACAAGGCUACAGAGUUAAAUCAAGUGAUUGAUUAUAAGGAUUGGCAAAUUGCAUUGAGUAGAAGGUUUAGAGCAUUGAAGUUAUGGUUAGUUUUGAGAAGUUAUGGGGUAACUAAUCUUAGAAACUUGAUAAGAAGUCAUGUGAACAUGGCUAAACAUUUUGAAGGACUUAUAGCUACGGACAAAAGGUUUGAAAUCUUUGUGCCUAGAAAGUUUGCUAUGGUGUGUUUUAGGAUCUCCCCAUUAGUACUAAGUCAAGUUUCAACCAAAUUUGAUGAUGAGAAAGAAGUGAACAUGUUUAACACUAAGUUGGUGGAGUCUAUUAAUUCAUGUGGCAAACUCUAUUUGACUCAUGGAGUUGUUGGAGGCACUUAUAUUAUUAGAUUUGCAAUUGGUGCUUCUCUUACACAUUAUAGGCAUGUUGACGUAGCUUGGAAAGUUAUACAAGACCAUGCCAAUGCCCUGCUAAAUCAAGGCUAUGUUUAAUUU